AUUUGUGUGUGUGUGUGUGUGUGUGUGUAUCUCAGUCUGUAUCUGUGCGUGUGUGAAGAAGGUGAGAAGUAAAGUUGGUGUGUGUGUGUGUGUGUGUGUGUGUGUGUGUGUUCCAGGAUGUUCUCCUCCUGCGUCCUGGUGUGGAUCUCUCUUCCCGCUAUAUACCUGACUGUCCAGGUCGAAGGACGCACCGACCUUCAGCAGAAACAGAGGCGAGGGGUUGAAUCAGACAUUCAGCCCUUAAAUGUAAAAAACGUCAUGGCUCGUCCUGCUUUUCUGGAGAAGCUCAGAAGUGAGCAGGAGCUUGAGGACUGGUUCGUGGACUACACGAGCCUCCAGCCGUCAAACCAGCAGGUUAAAAGACGUCCGGCUUUUAAACCCGGAAAGCUGAGGAAGAUGUUCGGCUGGGGAGACUUCCACUGCAGCGUCAAGUCUGCCUCCCUGGACCUUCUCGUCAAAGGGAAGAUUGUGGACCAUGGAAACGGAACCUUCAGUGUCCACUUCCUGUGUAACAGCACCGGUGUCGGGAACGUCAGCAUCGGAUUAGCGCCGUCCACCAAGAUGGUGGAGUUCGGAUCGACGCAGAAAGAGGUCAGGGAAUCCGUAGAGUCGAAGCUGUUCAACUGCAGGGUGGAGUCGGAGAAGGUGGCGCAGAGCAAGAAGGGCGUGCGGUGCAGCUACGACCCGUCAAAGAGUUGCGAGCAUCAGCAGACCCACAGUCAUGUCUCGUGGCUGUGCUCCAAGCCGUUCAAGGUCAUCUGCGUGUACGUGUCCUUCCGCAGCAUGGCCUACAAUCUGCUGCAGAAAGUCUGUCCGGAUUAUAACUACCACAGCGACGUUCCGUACUUCCGUUCUGGAUGAUCAGUAGAUAACGGACAAAGCAGGGUGGGUUCUGCAAACACAAAUAGCCGGUUACUUAAAGUUAAACUCCACCCUGAAACACAUUGAAUACGUUUAUAUUGAAACGUAUGUCUGCGGUGUGUUUAGCGAUUCUGGUGUUCGUUUUGUUGGUUGGUGCCGUGUUGUACAGCAUCCGAUUUGAUUCAUUUCAAACAUAUUAACAUGUACACUAACUCGUUGUGCACGUUUCUCUUCACUCUUAAAACAACGUCCUCCGUCCACGUUUCAGAAAAGGACCACAUUUUGACUCGCGUCCCAACUUCGUAGCAGAUUCUGAUAGUUCCAAUUUACUCAGUCACGAAUAUAUAUAUAUAUAUAUAUAUAUAUAGAAAGCUUUCCAGAACGUUCCACAGAGCGUCUGUUUGAGCUCGAUUACGAACUCAAGUGACGUUGAAUAAAUUCUUCAAAUUGCUAUCUCUUGUUAUAAUUUGUGAAUGAAACCACAUUUCCUUUCCCUGCAACCUUAGAAGGUUUUUUUUUCCCCAGUGUUUUCCAGUCCAGACUUCCAUUCCAGACCACGCCCGCUUCUAGUUUAAGGCCUGUUACAUGCUCUACACGAGUACACCAACAUGACCACAGGUGCACGAGUUCUUUUGCAUACACACGUGAGCCUUAAGCGCGUGUGUAGAAUCAGCAGCAAAGUGAGCAGCACCGUUCCCAUACUACCUUGCGUAUCUCAAGUACUUCUAGAGGAUGAAACGCGACGUCCCUCCGUCCGUCUGGAUUCUCCGUUGAACGCACCACGACGACGCUAAGCGCACCGACGAGCUCCGUUUCUCCUGAAAACGUCCCGUCGACGUCGUGAUCGCCGUCGUGAGCCGUGUCCCGAAUUCCCCCAAAAUCUCUGACCUUACAUUCGAAGGUAUUUACUCGGAAAAUCUGGAAAAGCAGAACAGAUCCAAACGAUCGCAGGACACAUGGUAAUGUGUUACACCCUUAACAGACAAGAUCAACGUGCUUUCAUAUUCAGAUAAUGGGCAAAAAAAAAAAAAAAAAAGAACGCAUUCGUUUAGGAAACGAAUUUCUAUCUGCGGAUUUUUGUCUUAGAAAAGAAAGACGUGAAGCUUCCUAUAAACCCGACGUGUCGCUUGAAAGUAUCUUAGAAGAAUAGAUAUAGUCAUAAACAGCAGUAAAGUAAUAGAUAUUCAGUAGGGACUUUUUUAGUAGGGAGGUUUAUGUAACCGAGUGUAAC